AUGCGUUACUCAAUUGUCUUCACUGCCGUGGCCGCCACCACCGUCUCCGGCCACGGUAUUAUUCGUUCCAUCACGGGCGCUAAUGGUGUCAUCAUGCCUGGUCUCAGUGUUGCUGAUGGCACCCCUCGCAACUGUGUCGCCAACGCCUGCGGCGCCCAGGCUGACACUGCCAUCAUCCGUGACAACGAAAUCAACUCGGGCCAACGUCCUACUCUCGGUUGGACUCAGGGCUCUGGCAACGUCAACCCUGAUGCCGUCGUUGAAAACUUCAUGGGCAGGGGCAAUGAGCCGCCCAAGAACAAGGGUGCUUCCGACUCGGUUGGCGUUGAGGACAACCUCCAGGGCCUCUCGACCCCCAAGGAACGCCGCGACGAGUACAGAAGGCAGAAUAACGGCCUCUUUCAAGGCAUUGCCAACCUUCCCAUCAUCGGUACCCUUGGCAUGGGCGGCACCCCAAAGACCUACCCCGUCGAGACCAUGAAUGCCGAUAUGCGCGGCCAGGGUGAGAAGUCUGGUCUUCCCACCGCUGACGAUAAUGGCAUUGUCAACCUGGUUUACCGACAGAUCAACCAGGAUGGCGCUGGCCCCAUGACUGCCGCCGUUGACUGCAGCUCUGGUGGCAAGGACCCCAAGGCCUUCCAGAGCGCCAGAGUCGUCCGUGAUGUCCCAGGAGCCGGUGUCUCCGGCCUGUCCAUCGCUACCAACACCGACUAUGCUAUGCAGGUCCAGGUUCCCCAGGGAUGCGCCUGCUCGGGUACGGUCGGAGGCCAGAAGAACGUGUGCAUUGUUCGUGUUCGCAACCAGGCUCUUGCCGGACCUUUCGGUGGCGCUGCUGCUUUCACCCAAAGCAAUGCCAGCCGCAAGCGUGCUCUCGAGUACCGUCUCGAAAAGCGCGACGAGUAA